UGAGCGGAGCCUGUGUCUGAGUGAGGAUACACAGACUGACCAGAGGGAGAGAUACAGAGGAGGGGGUCAGCGUCUCCACCGCUUUAUCCAUUAACCAGUUUCAAGGAACAGAGGAGUGGUUCAAAUUCAGGAAAAUUCUAGGUCAGUAGUGAGAGGGAGAAAGGGAAAACAGAGAAAGGAAAGAGAAAAAGCUUUGAAAGGAAAAAGGCUGCAGCCACUCAGGCGUUAGUGGGAAAAUCCAAAGUGAGAGAGCAUGAUGGCGUGAGAUGAUAGAUGAAGCAUAUUUUGGAAAGUACCAAAGGAAACCAAAAGGAGAGAAUGCAUAAGGGAUGUGAGCAAGAAGACUAAAAAAAGAAAAAAAAAAUCAAGCAGUGAAGGAGAAGAGGCAGAAGCGGGCUCUGUCAAAGACCUGAAGAAACCACAGAGGAGGAGGAAACUUUGCCUUUCACAGACUGACACAGAAACCCAUCUGCAGAGUGAUUGCUGUCAACAAGAGAAAUGGAGAAGUGUCCAUUCUUAGAAAGAUAAAAGGAUGUCACUGUCAGUUCUACUGUUGCUAUCACUUUUGAUUGUCCAAUGCGGUGGAUGUGACUUUGGCCAGAUGGGUGUGGAAAACAUAAGGGCAACCAUCAACUCUAAUCCAACUGGAUUUCGAACAGUAUUUCCAAAAGAUUACUAUGUAGUGCACCAUUAUACCAGAAGCUUGCUCUGUGAAUCUGAGCCGUGUUGUGUGUUCCCUGCUGCAGUGGUUCUUUUGGACUCCUGGAGUGUGCUUCUCAGAAACCUCUGGGAUGAGCAUGUAAAUCACACCUUGAUCCUCGAUCUAAAGCAGACACUGGAAAAAAUUAUCAGCAAGAACAGAAAUGCACUGAGGUUCCAAGAGGAUACAGAUCUUGAUCAGCUCUCCACAUUAUCUUCCUCCCCAGAAGAACUUCUAAAAUUAACAUCAGAACUUUUUACGCGAUGGAUCGAGGUUGGGUGCUCACCUUCGAUUGAAAGUUGCCAACCGCCUACAUUGCCCCCCUCAGUUGAUAGGAAGGACUACGGUCCAUCAAGGGCCAGACUCUUGGUCACCCGAGCCAUCAGUGAUGCGGAAGGAAACCCUGACAAGAUAAUAGACAUUGUACAGCCAUCUUCCAGUGGAGGGCCUCUAUCUCUAUCUUAUUUUGUCUCUGUCUGGAGCCCCUUGUUAUUCAGACUUUACUGGUGGUUGCUGCCAUAGGAACUAAAAAGCUUUUUUUUUAUGAUGCACAUAAAAUGCAAAACAUUUCCUGGCACUGAAUGAUUGUUUUCUUUCUGUUAAAGGAGUAAGUUGUGUUAAUAUGAAGUGAUAUGCACGGGUUGCAUUUAAUGUCCAAAGUUUACUGUCUAACAGUGCUCUGUUAUAUCACAUAUAUUAUAUAUAAAUCUAUAGCCACACUGUUGAGCAGCCACAAGCUCCAGCUAGUUGUGCUUUUCAUGCUAACAAGAUAUGCUGAGCUAGCCAAUGCACAUAAAUCAUCGUCUUUGUGGGUUUCAUCACUGUUUACAAUGAAUGUUGUGUAAAUGUAAUAUGUUACAGUCUUUGGGUGUUUGUACCUAAAUGUAAAUUAAAGACAUUUAGAUAUAUAAAUGUUAGUAUUUGGUUUAAGUCACAAGAUUAUCUAGAGAGAGCUAUAUUUAUUAUAAUCUUUAAUUGUCAUCAGAGAUGAAAAUGUUCAUUAUGCCACAGGACAAAUUAUACUUUCUCUCCACAUUUAGCUGACAGUAACUGGUUACUUUACAGGUAUGAUGCACUGUUAAAUACAAAAACAGCUAAAUGCAUGCACACUAUUAUCAAUAUUACUAAUUAUCAAGGCAAACAAGGGGAGUGUUACUCCACAUCAAGUACUUUUUGCUUUUCAUACAAUUUACUAACAGUAUUUGCAUAAAUAAAUUUGUAACUUUACAGCAUGAUACUGUACAUCUGAGUAUUACCUCCAAUAGUUUAUGUCUGUAACAACACUUGUAUUGCUCAACUUUGGUCCUAUCUGCUUCAGAAGUUUUUGUUUAUGAUCUUGCAUUCCAGCAGCAAGUCUGUAUGUGAGCUGAACCAUAAUGAGUAUUUUAAAACUCAUAUCUUGCUAACCAUUCAUUUACAACUAUUCUGAUAAAAAAAAAAAAAAAUCUGAUAAAACCGGGACUGAAGAUAAGUUUCAGAUGAGAGAGGAAUGUGAUAUGUCUUCUAAGUGGUCUGACAUUUGUCUGAAUCUACAUGAGGAAUAAAAGUGUGCUCUUUAUC